AUGUUUCCAGAGCAUGAGGAGCUUCCUGACAUUAUAUGGGCCUUUUCUCCUAAGGGAUGGACUGACGAAGAGCUAGCUGUUGAUUGGCUGCGUCGAAUAUUCGUUCUAAUUGCGUCAAAUAGCAAGCAUAUUAUUCUGAUACUUGAUAGCCAAAAGAGUCAUAUUACUGGCGAAUUUCAGUAUUAUUGCCUCGAAAACAACAUCCACCCUCUCUAUUUGCCAGCGCACGCUACCCACAAACUUCAACCUCUUGAUGUAGGUCCAUUUUCGCCACUUUCAAGUGCGUACAGCCGCGCAGUCGAAGAAUACGCUCCAACCGGCAUAGCAGUACUCAAUCGAAGUAUGUUUACGGUACUUUACGUACGGGCUCGUCAGGAGGCAUUUACUGAGCGAAAUAUUCGCGCAGGAUGGAGAAGAGCCGGCAUUUGGCCAAUAAAUAAGCAAAAAUUGCUAGAGGAUCCUGAAAUUCAAAAUUUUGGCCGCACAACGCCUGAGUAUCAACCUGCGCCUAUUAAAGAGGGUCCUAACCAUCUCUAUAGCACUCCGAAGAAGCUGGAUGAAAUUCGAGAGCUUCAAGCGCAAAUUGAGGCCAAAGUUACUCCUCGAACUCAACGCUCUGUACGCAAGCUCAGCCACGCAGCUAUUCAAGAGCAUGCUGGCGCUCAAUUGCUUCAAAAUGAGCUCAACAACGUACGAAAGCAACUACACCAUCAAGAGGUCCAAAAGCGCUCAAAACGCAUGGUAAAAGAGAGGGUGCAGCGUUCGUGGAAUCUUGAGGAGGUCAGGGCUGCCAAAGAGGGCAGGGCGCCCUCUAGAGUGCAAAUUACGCACCGUUCGGAGGAUUCGCUACGCAUCAGAAUUCUCUCAGAUAGGCUCAAAUAG